CUCUCCAGUUUGUCAACCGCUGAAAAUAUUGAAUAAUAAUAUUUUUUUGUUAGAUAAUUAUGUUUUUUAUUUUUUGAGUGCGAUUACUACUGUAUAAAUAUAUAUAAAAAUACUUAAAAUGGACCUGCCAGAGGUCUCGAAUACUUCGCAAUCAGCUAUCCAAUCUGACUUGGGGUCUUUACCCUCCAAAAGUACUGAUGAUUUCACUGAUCUACAGCGACAAGUUUUAGCCAAUUUUGAGAAGCCGAAUGUACCAAAUAUUAACAUACCAGAACGGAUUAUUAUUUGUUUGGAUACUUGUUAUGAUGACAAUACUUCUCUGUAUAGAUUAGCAGAUGGGACUACAUUCACACCAAUUAAUAUGAUGAAACGAAUACUCGACUUUUUCAUACAUUCAAAACAUGCUAUCAACCAUAAAACUGAGUUUGCUUUAUUGAUUAUGAAAGAUACAGAACCAUGUUGGAUACAAAACUUCACUAAUAAUGUGAAGGAUAUUAUAAAUAUGAUUGAUUAUAUUAAUGCAGAGGAAAGUACUACAGAAAAUUUUGAUUUCAAAAAGAUUUUCCAAAUAUUAAAACAAAAAGUUGAUGAUAUUCCAGAAUACAAACAGGAUGAUUGUAUAAUACCACCUCCAUUUGUAUUGCGAAUGAUUAUUUUAUAUGGACGUUCUAAUUGCAUACCAGUGAUACCUCAAGAUGACUCAUACUUUAUCUUUUUAAAGAAACAGUUGUAUUUUUAUAUUGAUAUAUUAUUAACACAUGAAGAAGAAUGUUCACUUUACAAAUGCGCAGAGAUAUAUGAUUGUUUGCAAAACCUAGACAAUGGAUAUUCAUAUGUUUAUGAAGUAUCAAGGAAUGCCACUAAGAUCCAUGAUUGUGCUGCAAAGCUGCUUGCACAUCCCUUACAACGAGUUCUGCAGAAACAAACCAAUUAUAGUUUUGGUCAUAGAACUUCAUGAAAACAAUAAUAUUAUUGAAAGUGUUAGUAAGUUAAUUAAGUACCUUAAUAAUAUAUGAAUAAAACAUUAUAUAGUU